AUGAUGGCGCUCGAGAAAGGCAGGUGUGCCAACCCAGUCCUACGCCAGCUGGCCUGCCAGUCGGCCGCUCGGCAGAUCGCCACAGGUAUCCAGCACUACCACCGCUACUCCGAGAGCAAGCGGAACCCCACUGACUACGACUCCAGAGUUGCGGACAGGUUCGAGCUGGCGCCCGGCCAGACGCAGCGGGGGCAAGACGGCGGGGCCGCCGGCGGCCCGGCGCACUUGGACGCGCCGGCCGGGGCCGGGCCACAUCGCCUGCGGGCUCCGCCGCGCAGCCGGCGGCGCCCCCGGCACGUCCUCGAGCUCUACGCUGGCUGCGCGCGCCUCACCGCGGCUUGCCUGGACGAGGGCAUCCGCUGCUGGGUGCCCGUCGACAUCUCCAGAGGCGCGUGGCACGACCUGACCAACAAGAACGUGAUCCGCGUCAUCCGCUCCCUGAUCGUGCGGCGAGAGGUAUGGCAUGUCCACCUCGGCACCCCGUGCACGCCCUUCAGCCAGGCCACGCCCGCGCACAGCCGGGCCAAGCAUUUUGCCUCUGGUGCUGGCUCUGUCUCGUUCACUGUCGACUUGCUACCAGUCUCGCUGGACGUUAUCCGGAGGCAUUGGCUCGCAAGUGGGCUAGCAUCCUACGACCCUGUGCGCCCGAAGCCGGAUGUCUCGAUGGUGCUCGGCCUGAAUGCCGAGGGGGGGCUCGCCUGGCAGCCGCUGUCGGAGUGGCAGCCGGGCCAGCUCGACUGGGGCAGCAGCAUCGCGCAGGCCCAGGCCGCCGAGCGCGACCGGCGCCGCCGAUUUGGCCAGGAGGGCUUCAGCGGCGGCGCCGAGCAGCUCGCGGCCACGGUGGCCCGCAGCGACUUCCUGGCACGCCGCCGCGUCAAGCCGCUGACGCAGCAGCACUACGGCCGCGCGGCCGCGGAGGUGAAGCGCUUCGCGGAGAGGCACCACUACCCGCAGCGCACGCCUGCGCAGAGGGACCAGCUCAUGGUGGACUACCUGCAGGGCAUCUUCCUGGCCGGGGACGGCAUCUUCGCAGCUCGCACCGCGCUCUACGGCUACGCGUUCGAGGAGAAGAUCAACCCCAGGGACGCCUCCGAGUUCCCCCAGGCCCGCCUGACGCUCAAGGGCUUCUCGAAGGCGGCGCCGGGGGAGCAGCGGGACCCUUGCCCAUGGGAGACGGCGCUGCUGAUCAUCGAUCAGUGCCUCAGCUCCCCAUGCCCGCGCCAGCGGCUCGUGGGGGCUGCCGCGGCAGUGGCCUUCGACGGCUACCUUCGGCUCUCGGAGCUGCUCAGUGUGAAGGCCUGCAACGUCACCUGCCUCCAGCACUCAGCGACCUCGGCCUGCCCCCAGGUCUCGAUCUCCCUGAUGCCCGCGGCGCCGCCCGACUGCCCGCCGUCCGCGACGACGAAGUCCGGCGAGUACGACGACACGGUUAUCGUCGGCGGCAGCGCGGCGGCGGCCGCUCCCAGGCGCUGGGUGGCCAGGCUCGUCCGUGACCUCAAGCGGGCCACUCCAGCCACCAGGCCGCUCUUCCCAUUCACGGCCCGUGAGUUCGAGGCCGCCUUUCGGCAGGCGGCUGACGCGGCCGGCCUGCAGAGGCUGCGCCUGUGCCCCCACGCCCUGCGGCACGGCGGUGCAUCGGUCGACUUCGCUCUGAAGUACCGCUCCCUCGCAGAGGUGCAGCGCCACGGCCGCUGGAAGUGCGCUGCGAGCGUGAGACGGUACGAGAAGGCAAGAGGCGGAGCCGCCCGCGGCAAAACCAAGCAGCGGUCGCAGCCGGUUGCGAAGGACGCGCUGCCCGCGCAGCCGGCAGAACCCGAGCCCCCGCAGCAGGCGGCGGCGGCGCCGGCGGCCGACAAGCGUAGACCAAAGGCGCCGAGCAAGGAGCGAGCCGACACCGCCGGGGAGGUCAACGCUGCGGCCGCCGACGCCCGCGCGGCCCUUGGGCUCAGCGCCGGGCGCGCCGCCGAAGGGGCUGCGGAGGACGCUGGCGGCACGUGGGACACAGCCGCCAGCCGCAGCGCACGGCGGAGGACGCGCAAGGCGUGCGAUCCUGGCGCCGCGAGCCCGGCUACACCGUCGGCCCCAGCGGCGCCCGCAUCGCUGGGCCUGCCGGAGCGCGGCGCGGCCGCCGCCAGUGUCGCGCUGGGCGGCGGCGCCGGAGCGGCGGCAGCGGGCCUGCCAGGCCGAGGCCCCGCCGGCGUGGCGGCCGCCGAGGCCGCCGACGCCCCGGGCGUCGGCGCAGCGGCGGCCGAUGCUGCCGGGCGGCGGCUGGCGGCCGCCGGUGCCUGUGCGGCAGGGCCGACCGCCGCCGCCGUGGCGCCCGCGGCCUCGAGCGUGGCGGUGGCCAGGGAGGUGGCUGGGGAGGCCACAGGGGAUAUCCUGGAGGACUUGGGGCUGAUGCAGCCGGACGAGUUGGUCCAUUGGUUUCGCGCGAACGGAGCGGAGGAUUGGCUCAGGGUCCGGGUCAAAGGCGCAGGGAGUUUGGCCGACAUGUCCAAAGAGGUGCUCCUGGGCCACGCGACGCAGCUGCUAGGCCUCGCUGGCGACACGGAGCGGCGCAGCACCGCCGCCGAGCCUCUGGCGGAUCCGCCGGAGCACGCGAUCUGCUUCGGGGACUUCGAUGGCCGUGCGGAUGACACUGACACCCCCGCCUACGGUGGUGGCGUAGCCGAGGCCGCUGCAACCCAGCAGGAGGCCUACAGCUGCGCCCCGCAGCGGGAAUGCGCGCGACGCGAGUGGGACCCCGCUGGACUUGGCCCAGAGCCGCCAGAAGGCGCAGUGGCGCAGGCGCCACCUGCGUGGGCAGGCGGCGGCGGCGCCGUGGCAGCGGCCGGGCAGCAGAUGGGCUUCGUCUCGAUGAUGCCCGCCGUGCAGCUGCCCGGCGCGCAGAGCGGCAUGUUCGCGUCGGGGCAGCGGCACUACGUGCCGAUGGUGUGGAUGCCCGCCCAGUACGCCGUCCCGCCGGGCGGCGCGGCAGCGGCGAUGGGCGGCGGGGCGGCGCUGCAGGGGCUCCAGAUGGUGCACGCUGCCAGCGCCGCGGCCGCGGCGGCGGGCGGCGGGGUGGCGCUGCAGGGGCUCCAAAUGGUGCACGCAGCCGGGCUGCCGCCGGGCGCGGCCGUCUUCGCCGCCGCCGGCGUGGCGCACGGAACCGCCGCCGGGGCGCCAGUCGCAGGCGCGCCCGUGGUCGACGCUGGCGGCGCGGGCACCCCAUGAGCGAUGCGGUCGGCCAGCC